AUGGCGGCGCUCGGUGGCAUGCUUGCCGCAGCCAUCCUCAAGGUGGUGGCCGACCAGAUUGGUUCGGCAAUAGGAGGUCAGAUCAAGCUGCAGAACAACUUUGAGAAGGAGCUGAGGAAGAUGAAAAUGGCUCUGGAGUCUGUCGAGGCGGUGCUCAAGGUCGCCGAGAGGCGGUCCAUCACCGACGAACCGACACUUCUGUGGUUGAAGCGGCUUAAGGACGCCAUGUAUGCCAUCUCCGACAUGAUUGAUGAGUUCGAGGCCGACACUGAAGCAAUCUCCAAACCGUCUGCUCGGAAGCUCUCCUUCAAAAAAUAUUUGGCAAUUAUGAUCCCUUGUAUCACAAUUUUUCCCAAGAUUACAAUGGCCAAUAAGAUGGAGAAGAUGAGAGAUGAUCUGGAGGUGAUAACAGAUCAACACAAGAAAUUCAAAUUAAAAGAAGGGACUAAUGCCAAUGAGCCACAGGCUACGGACAUACGAGAAACAUCGUCAACCUUGGAGACACAAAUUAUUGGGAGGACCGAGGAGAAAGAUGAAAUAUUGGCCCUUUUAUCUGGGAGCAUGACAGAAGAGAUCACAAUCCUUCCUAUAUAUGGCAUUGGAGGCAUUGGCAAGACAACCAUGGCCAAAAUGAUUUACAAUAGUACUCAGUUCAGAGAAUACUCUCAGGUGUGGGUCUAUGUGUCCCAGACAUUUGAUUUGAAGAAAAUUGGAAACUCUAUCAUAUCACAACUAUCAGAAAAAGAGAAGGAGAGUGAGUACACUCAAAUGGAGAUGAUACGUAAAUCACUUCAAAAGCUCCUCGCCAAUAAGAAGAUUCUAAUUGUUUUAGAUGACCUAUGGGAGGGUGAGGAAUUUCAUCUGGAAAGGCUCAUGGAUAUGCUAAGGGAUGGGAAGGGUGGUAUUGUGGUUGGUAUUGUAACCACACGUGAUGAUGACAUUGCAAACAAAAUCUCUACCAUCAAACCAUACAAAUUAGCACCAUUGACUGAUGACAUCUGUUGGUCUAUAAUAAAGCAAAAGAGUGCAUUUGAAUCUAGAUGCGAUAAAGAACAAUUAGAGGAGAUAGGGAAGAUCAUUGCAAUGAAGUGUGCUGGUGUGGCUUUAGCAGCUAAAGCACUUGGAUACAUGUUGCGAUCUAUGAAGUUUGGCGAAUGGGAAUCAAUGAGAGACAGUGAUAUAUGGAAUGUAUCUACUUUGAAAGAUACAUCUUCUACACAAGUUCUUGUGUCUUUGAAGUUGAGCUAUAGUGUUAUGCCUUCAUAUUUGAAGCUCUGCUUUGCCUAUUGUGCAAUAUUUCCAAAAGGUCACCAGAUACUUAAAGAUGAUCUUAUUCACCAAUGGAUUUCUCUUGGUUUCUCUACUUGGCAGCUCGGUGAGAGAUACAUUAAUCAACUUUUGGGACUCUCUUUUCUUGAACAUUCGAAGUCACCAUCGACUAUCAAACUGUAUGAUGAAGAUGCUACAUUGUUGGCCAUGCAUGAUCCGGUACACGAUUUAGCAAGAUUAGUCAUGGAAGAUGAAAUUCUUGUUGUUGGCAAAGACGGCAACACUGAAGGAAGCUGGUACCAUUAUGCUUUGCUUGAUGAUUGUAGUAAGCCAUUGGGCUUGGAGUCAUCAAAGAUAAGGGCACUCCGUUUUAUGGGUUGUGACAAAAUUGAACUUCACUGUGCUGCAUUUUCAUCUGCCAAGUCCUUGCGCGUCCUUGACUUAAGCGAGUGCAUCAUACAUAAGUUGCCAGACUCUAUUGGUGUAUUGAAGCAGCUGAGGUAUCUUAAUGCUCCUAGAGUCCAAGAUGCAGUCAUUCUGAAUGGUAUCAUCAAGCUCUCAAAGUUAUUGUACCUUAACCUUCAUGGGUCUUCUAAAAUCUUGGCUUUACCAGAAUCAUUUGGGAGGCUAAAAGAAUUAGUACAUCUUGAUUUGUCAAAUUGCUCUUGUAUUGGAGGUGUAUCGGAGUUCUUGGGCAGCCUCAUAGAACUGAAAUAUUUGAACUUAUCUUACUGCAAAAAAAUUGGAGAGAUGCGAGGAGCUCUGGGCGCCCUAUCCAAACUAGAGUAUUUGAAGUUAUCAUUCAGCUCAUAUCUUGAAACUUGCAAAGAAGCAGAAGUUUUGGGCACCCUGAACAAACUUGAGUAUCUAAACUUAUCUUCACAUUAUUGUCGUCUUGAAAAGCUCCCAGAAGCUUUGGGCAGAUUCAUUCAACUCAAGUACUUAAACUUGUCAGGUUGUGAGAAAAUGCUACAACUGCCGAGGUCAUUUCGAAGUCUAAAAAAAUUGGCGCAUCUUGAUCUAUCAGGCUGUGGUAGUAUUUCUUAUCUAGAUGAAGCUUUGGCUGGUCUUUCCAAUCUGCAACAUUUGAAUUUACAGGGUACACGUAUCAAGUUGUUGCCAGAAAAUGUGACCAAACUACGGUAUUUGAAUGUGUCUGGGCUGACUUGUAUGUAUGAUACCAUGGACAGUCUCAUCAACGAUAUAUGCAGUAAUCUUUCCAAUCUGGAGCAUUUGGACUUGUCUAAUAAUACUAAUCGUAUACGCAGUAUACCUGAAAGUAUUUGUAACCUGAGAAAACUGCAUACAUUGAACCUCGCAAACUGCUGGUAUCUUGUAAAGAUACCAGGUAGUAUAGGUACAAUGGAUAGUUUGAAGUUUCUUGAUAUAAAUGGUUGUUGGGCAAUCUCCAAAGCCCCUCAGGUUGGCAGCAGUGCAAUAUCGUUACCACACUUUGGGGUGCAGCCUGGUGAUGGCCACUCUAGCAGCAACCUCGUCCUGCUACAACACAUAGAUUCUGUGGUGCUCAAGUUGACUGGACUUGAAAAUGUGAAGUCCGUAGAAGAGGCCCAGCGUAUAAAUUUGAUGGGGAAGAAAAAACUUGAGGACUUGAAACUAGAGUGGACUCCAGAUGCUGAGAGGUUUGUGGAUCACAAAAUUUUGAUGGAAAAUAUGGUGCCACCGAGCACAUUGGUGUGGUUGGAGAUAUGUGGUUACAGCGGUGUCAGCUUUCCAGCCUGGCUAGUACUGUACCAACUGCCAAACCUAGAGUGUCUGGUUCUCAGAGACAUGGUAAACCUGGAAGAGUGGACCACGUCACACUCCAGUGGUGAGGAUCACGUGCUUGAAAAGUUAGAAAUUCAUGAUUGCCCCCUGUUAAGGUUGAAACCGCUUCCACCUAAAGCUAAAAUGUGGAGGAUAGCAAACAGCGAUAAAGUGUUAUCAUCAUGGGGAGAGUGUACUGGACCACACACCAAUGCCACCUCCUCCUUUUCUCCGGUAACUACUGAGCUGUCAGUUGAAAACUGCAAGGUACCUCUGCAUCAGUGGAGGUUGCUUCAGCACUUAAUUGGCCUCACUGAUUUGCAUAUUAAAAGCUUAGUCGGUCUGACCGGCUCACCAGAGGUCAUCCAACAUCUCUCCUCUCUGAAGAUUCUAACACUAGAAGACAGAUACUUGAAAGAGCUGCCAAAAUGGCUGAACGAGAACAACUGGCAACUCACAAAGCUAACACUGCGGGGUUGCAACAGCAUGGCAUCACUGCCGCAUUGGUUAGGAGAAUUAACCUCCCUCAAAGAACUUGUCUUGUUUGGCUGUGCUGUCCUGAGUUCUUUGCCAGAAAGCUUACAUCAACUCGGCGGUCUCCAGGCACUAGACAUUAGUGACUGCCCUAAAUUAAAUCACUUGGGUGAAAGGGUAUGUCUCCUGCCCAGCUCUCUCGACACUCUUAAAAUCAGGAACUGUAACGGUAUCAAGUGUUUGCCUGAGGGCAGGGAACAACUCACCAACCUCCAAAUACUACAUAUUCAUGAUUGCCCUGACCUAAAGCAAUGGUGUGAAUUAGAGGAGAACAUGUUGAAGCUGGCUCACAUAGAAAACAAGUAUUUGCGCUAG